AUGAUUGCCCAUUGGUUGCCUUGCUAUAUAGAUGCCGAUCAGACAAGUGCGGACAUUGAAUCCAUGUUCAUUAGUCGGGAACAAUGUUCUGAUAUAGACGGAUCACCCGCGCUGAUGGCCAGUAUCCGCGGUCGGCCAGUUCGUGGCAAAAAAUUGGAUAUACCUAAACCAUAUGUUGCAGUUCUUGUGCAACCCAAUGGGCAUUUGGUUGAUGGAGAACCAGAGCCAAUCUCAAUUACCCAACAGCUGGAAUCUGUGGUCCUUUGGAACCUCUCGGAAGCCCCUCAAGUUUCAGACAAAAUACCAUCUGCAUUUUUGUGGCUUCAUGUAUCCGACACGAUCCACUCCCCAUAA